GAGUUGUGAGUCUGUUUUGUUAGUUAGUCUCUGGUUCCCCGUCUAGUCUAAUCCCGUGUGUGUGUGUGUACUCGUAUGUACUGGUGUGUGUACUGGUAUGCACUGGUAUGUACUGGCAUAUUGCCGGUUCUAUGUACUUAUAGUACACAUUUGUACAAUACCACUCAUGUUCUCGGAAUGUGUCUAUCGUCAUGAUCUUCAACAUUCCUUUUCCUUAAUUUCCGUGUACUUGAACUACAAAAAACUCUGCUCCUUAUUACAAUUGGUUGCUUCUGUGAUGAUGUCCUCUUAUUUCUGUGGUGCUGUAACGGAUACUUGUCCUGAACUACUUGCUUUAGCGGUUAGCCACACCUCCAAAUGUGUGUCAGUAUGAGAAGAUCAAGUGCACUACGCCCUGUGUCAAUGGCUCCAAGUUCUGCUCCAAGCACGUCAACUCUCAUCAGUGCCGUUAUUUCCGAGGUGGAACUCAAUGCAAGAAUAGGAUCGCCGGCACAGAGCAACGAACGCUCUGUACGACCCACUUGCAAGUAAAGGCCACCCGAAAGCGGCGGAGGACAGAAGCUCCCGCCCAUAAGGACCUCGUCAACAAGACGCCGCCUUAUGCUCUACAUGUCUUCCGAAUCAUGACCCAAGAGAGACAGCGGCUGAAGUUUAAACCCAACAUCAAGAAACGUCCUCUGGAGCAUUUGAAAUGGGUUUUGAAGCGGGAACGACUGGAGAAAAAUCCGGUAUAUCCUUCAGGUAUGGAAAACGAGUGCAACCAAUACGACACACCCCACGAGAACAUAUCCCUAGACGAUGGUGUUCCCUUGCAACAGAAAGAAAUGAGCGAUAUAAGGAGCAGAAGUGUUUACUUGUCUAAAAUGGAGGAGCAUUUGCAUAAAAGACUAGACCACCUCGUGUAUCAAGUCAACGCUUACCGGCGAACGCAAAGCCAUUUACCAAUAAACACUCGGGCAAUAACAGAGGCAGCAAGGAGCAGCGUAACUAAAACAACGCAACUUCUCAAUGGUAACGAGAGUUCGAGUAGUAAGGAACAGUGUCCGUGUUCGUUAGCUAACCGCGCUGCACGGUAUUCGUGCUGCGUGUGUAACAAGCGUGCACUGCCCUUUACCAAGUACUGCGUCAACCACAUCUUGCAUGACGGUGAACAACUUCUCUUCUCAAAGUGCAACACCGUCAUGCCCCAGAGUAUUGACUCUUGCCCGACUCCAACAGUGUCGUCAACCGGCAAACCUUGUACUCUUCACUCGUUGCUAGAGAGAUUUGGAGUCACUGAAUCUACUGAUAUCAUUGAAAUGGAGUCUAGCUGUAGUGAAAGUGAGGCAGAUGACGACGUAGAACCCCCCUCCUUGGACUCGUGUCUCAACUCCGCUCCUUCAUCGCCGAUAGUAACCAAAUCUAAGAUUCCAUCCCCUAUCCCGGAUAACCACCAUCCUCCGCCGCCAGAGGUUUCAGAGUUGGAUAUGGAUAUGUUGCCCAUGCAACCUGACACCAUAUUGGAGAGCAGUCUGCUACCUGACGAGCCUGACAUUCCGCUGUCUGUCCGGUUUUUGGAACCCAGUGCACACCCCUCUAAUAAGCGAAUCAGAACUAAGGAGGAGGAGAUGCAAGCGCGGAUGUCACCGUACAUGAAGUUCCCAGGACAGGGAGGAGCACCUGCCGGAUACUUUCACUACCCUUACAACUACAACGCGCCUGCUACCUUCCUCCACGGUUAUAACAAGGAAGGGGAGCCUAUAUACGGUUACCAUGACAACAAACAGCACGAGUAUCAGAAAUACUUGGCUCGCCAACACUCGACCUCGGGAUCAGAUAGCAGUCGUCCUACCACUCCGAUAAUUAAUCCGGAGAUGAUGGCUCAUUAUUAUCAACAGCAGCGGUUCAUGCACCCCACAGCAAGCCCCGCGCCUGUUCCUACUCCUGAACCUAAAAAGGACCCUCCCCCUGCCCCUAAGAAGAAGAAACAGAAAAAGAAAAAGGCACCAUCGGUGGUUGUUGCUACUCCAACGAAACAGGAGAAGGCUAGGGAAACACCCCCACCCCAGAUUCCGACGAACCCUUAUUCUUCACAAGACAGUGGUGGCGGCUCGCCAAACUCAGCUGCCAGUCCUGCAACUAUGGCUCUGCUGAAAUCAAAACUUGCAGAACCAAAGAAAGAUACCAGUUCUCCUACGCCUGAGAUCAGUGAACCGAAACCUGCUGUCAAGAGCACUUCUAAGAAGAACCACGGAUCUAAUUCUAAACGAACGCCACCCAAGACCCCUGUCUCUCAACAGCAGGAGUUUACAGCGGUGAUGAUGCCACCACAACAUCCUGCCAUGGCAAAUCCCCGGUUACAAAUGCAACCUGGACAACCAAACUACUACCAGUACGCUCAGCAGGCUAUGUAUCCGGGCCAUCCUGGUAACCAACAGUAUUAUCUGCAGAUGUUCAUGCCGCCGGGAGGGCCAGGGGGUCCUGGGGCUGUUCCUGGAGGAAUGACACCUCAAAGACCACCCUCGAACCCUCAACCAGAACGGGAGCCCAGUCCUGCAAACAACGGUCCUGUUACUAAGGAAUUACCUCCCAAGAGUGGUGACGGAGCUGUGGCUAAUAGUGGGGAGGGGACAGGUCCUGAAUUGAAUGAGUUCCAUUUGAGGAACACUCUGACCCAACAAAGACAGCGUCAGAUGAUGAUCGCUGCUCAGAGUCAAGGUAUGACUCCAGGACAAUAUCCUUAUCCUCAGCAGUUCCAGUAUUAUCAGUCGUUCCCGCCUCCCUCGCCUGCUCCUGCGGGCUCACCAAAACCCGAAAAGAAGCGAAAGAAACAGCCGCCAAAGGAGAAGAAUGACAAGGAUGGACCUGGACCUGGACCUGGACUUGUACUUGUACCUGGACCUGGACCUGGACCUGGACCUGGACUUGUACCUGGACCUGGACCUGGACCUGGACCUGGACCUGGACCUGGAUCUGGACCUGGAUCUGGACCUAAUGUACAUAAAAAGAAACCAAGCUUGAGCAGUCCGACUGGUAAAGACAACCAACUGUCUUCUUUACAAAGUCUCAUGACCACUGCUUCAUCUGGACGGCUACCUCUGGAGACGGUCCUCCCAGAUGCAGAGCCUGUUAAACCCCCUAGCAAGCCUAGAUCAAAGAAAAGUUCUGCGAAAGAGGACGGUGGUAACGAUUUGAGAGCCUCGCAUACCACGCCACAUAAUACCUUGCAACCAAACUAUGCGAAUUAUGCAGCCUAUUACCAGGGCUACACGCCUGUUCAGGGACAUGUCGUGAUGGGGCCGAUGAAAGGGUAUGUUAAUGGGACUACCGGACCACUGUACUUUAGGAUGGAUGAGCCGGUAGAACUGGGACAAGACAAUAAACCUGUUGUUAUUAAUGAUGCUGUGUUGGCUAGGAACCGACCUAGCACUGUUUUAAUGAAAAAUCCAGGGUGGGUGGAAAAAUUCAUUAAAAAGCCCGAACAUAGCUCAGAUAAAAGUAGGAGCAAGUCGAAAAUGAACUCUAGUCCACGACGCAGUCCUCAAAAAUCUCAGCAUAGGAACCUAAUAUUUCAUAACACAGAGAUAGGGACAAUCAGUGACAAGUUGGCAAAGCAGCAGAAGAACGCAGAACAGCGCUCAUCCCACCGUGCGAUGUGUGCCAAGUCUAAGGUCGUAGAGCAGGCUCCACCGCCGUCAAACAACGACUCUAACAAUAACAACAAUAACAACAAUAACAACAACAACGUGCCUCAUCCUCCUGCCCAACAAACAGGGAACAACUCGUACCACCCUCCCUCCGACAAGGGGGCCAAGGUGCCACUCUACCUGCCAGAUAAACACCCUGUCACUGACUCCAUACCCCUGAACUCUCAGCCUGAAGGAGUCACGUGAUAAAGCGCGGGAGAUCCGCAAAUCCUCUCCAAUGAUAUUAUCCGCUAUGAUAGUGUUCCGUUCCUCCGCUCCAAAUAUAUUGUACAUAUAACCGGAUAUAUAUUAUAUUGAAUGAUGUUCAAUACAUUGGCAUUAUAUGAUGUUUUUAAUUCAUUAACGUGUAGAUUUCUAUCUUCUUAAUCUUGUGUAGGGGCUGCAGGAUGCGACCUCUGCGCCAUCAACACGUGCAGGCGCGCAUCAACACGUGCAGGCGCGCACCAGCACGUGCAGCCGUCAUUUUAUUACCGUGUCAAUUUGUGAGUUGUGUGCUCGUGGUGUAGCCCAGUGUGUUAUAUAAUGAGAUGUAUGAAAUAGAUGAGCUUGGCCGGUUUAAUUCGCCUUGUGAUAAUACUUGUAAUUGUGUCGUCAGCACGUUUUAUAAUUAUAUGAUACGACGGGUGGUUUAUUAGGUUUUAUAUGUUUGCAGAUCGAAGCGCGUUUGUGAAUUAACAAUUGUAUGUAAGGAUUGUUUGAAUUUGAGCAUGUAUAAGUUCUUACGGUCUAAGUUCUUACGGUGUAAUUUUGGCUGAUAUAUAGCUUCUAAAAUAUAAAAGUUUGGUUUUCAUGCGAUGAUUUUAGGUGGACUCAUUAAAUGGGUCUCUCUGAGUUGCUUUAUCAUUUUAAUCGUAUUAUCAUUUAGGAGAACGCACAAUUUCACACAUUUGUUGAUUAGUAAGUAAUUGAAGUUGCUAAUAUAAUAGAUUUUCCUCCGGUUCAACAAAGUUAUGUAAUUUUAGUUUUAAUCAGGAGCAUUUCAUUCAUAUUAAUACCUCAGCAUUAUAAUUAUAUCACUAAAUUCAGAGUUGCACUCAGUAUCUGAACUUCUUCACUAAGUUUGUCAAUGACUGUCAAAUGAAGAGUUACUUUGGUUGGCUCGAUCAGUUUGAUGCUCUGUGACCCCAAAUUCCACAACACAGUUUAUGAGUGUAACUCACAAAUCUCAACUAACGAAUACAGUUUCGAAAUAGCUUUGUAGAUUUUUAUCGUAAAAUUUUAUAGUUACCCCGGAGAUGUUAAAUUUUUGCGGUUUACUUUGUCUUAUCGUGACUCUCGGAGUCAGGGGCAAUACGAUCUAGUUCUUUUGUUUGCAAACGAUCAUUGCAUCGUAUGGCAAGACAGGAUAUAUAUUUUCCACCAUUACUUUCAAUUAAACAUUUCUUAACUAACAGAAAUUUGCUUUGAUAAAACAUAGAAUAGCCCGUGAUUUACGGAAACCGUAACUUAAAUUAGUUAUAGAUAUCAUCCUUGAUGUUAGCAUCCAAAUCUCGUAAUUGGAAAAAGUUUACGUAACAUAGUACACAUUUUACAUGAUCGGAGAUAUUAGCAUUUUACCAGUUUCGAUAAAUAUCUUUUAUGGGAAUUUAAAAAUUGGGCUUACAAUACUUGCCUGUCAUUGAUCAUUAAUCGCGGAUUUAUAAACUACAAUGAUGUUUAGGGCAUUCUUCAAAAGACAGUGUGUGUGUUGUGUCCAAGGUGAAGACUGUCGUGUGCUAUGUAUUACACUUUGAGAUUAAGUAUUACAGAUAAUAAUAAUUGCGUAUAUA